CAACUCUGCAUAAAGUGAAGCUGCAGAGAGCGAGCGUUCCCCGCCAGCCCGACACACGAGUGCACGGAGCUCGCCGCUGUCCCGGGACCCGAACUCGCAGCCCUCUCUCCAGCCUCAAUGCCUCCCUGCCCAAGUCGAUUAAAGAGCAACCAGUCGCCGGGAUCGCCCCCAGCCUGCUGAGCUGCGGACAUUGCAGGAUUCCUUUUAAUGCUAUUUCGCUUGUUGGAAGGAGCCAGAGGUUGUCUUAAUACGGAUGCCCUAACUUUAAUCAAAGCCCUGGAGGUGAUAUUCCACCACAAGAACUCCCCGGCCUCAGGGCGAGGAGAAGGCCCAGGCUUGCUACCUGUGGCAGUGCCCAAGGGAGGAUGGGCUCUUUCCGUAAACCCAGGCCUCGCUUUCUGAGCUCCCCAGUGCUCAGUGACUUACCUCGGUUCCACGCAGCCAGACAGGCAGCAUUGCUGGGCUCUAACAAGGCCUGGAACAGUGUGCAUAAAGCAGUGAUCAAAGUGUUCCAAGGAGGAAGCUUGCAAGAUAAUGAAUUGUACUCUCUGAAUGAAAACAUACGGCAGCUGCUGAAGAGUGAGCUGGGUCCCUUCAUUACUGACUACUUCCAGAACCAUCUUCUUUCAAAAGGCCUGAUCUUGAUGGAAGAAAAGAUGCGGGUGUGUGAAGGUGAAAAUCUUUUGGAAGCUUUAACAAGAAUCUGGGAUCAUUUCUUUACUGAAAUCCUACCCAUGCUACAAGCCAUUUUUUACCCUGUGCAGGGGCAAGAACUAACCAUUCGCCAGAUGGCUUUGCUUGGAUUCCGAGAUCUAGUUCUGCUGAAGGCCAAUCUGGAGCAAGUGCUGCACCAACCUCACACUGACGUGCCUCCAUCCAUCACACAGAUGUUACUAGUGCUUCAGGGUGCUCAUGAGCCUAAUGGACCAACAGAGGAAUACAUUCAGCUGGAGCGCUUGGUACAGUUGGUGGUCUCUCCAUAUCUGGGCAUGUACGGACUUCUCCCCAGGGACAGGAGCAUCACAAACACUGUCUACUUUCUUGAUCGAAGAUUUGCAGGUCCAAGAUCAAAGAUGGUUGAUUCCUUAACUGAUGGGUCUGAAGUAACUGCAUCCAAUGAGACUAUGCUGACUCCUUUAAUUGAGCAGGAGGGCGAGACUUACUUAGAGAAAUGUGGGAGCAUACGACGUCACACAGUGGCCAAUGCACCCACUGAGCUCCAGCUUUUGGCUAUGAGUUCUAUGCUGCACCCCAGUUUGAGGGAAGAACCAGACUCUGAAGAUAAAUGUCUACUGACGCAGCCCGGCCUCAACCACAGACACUAUUCCAGUGAGCUCAACAUCCCAGAAAUCGAGUCGGAGUUUAUGAAUGCCUCGCUGGAGGAGACUCCAGACAUGAAGUGUACAGCGCUUGGCUAGAUCACAAAGUAAUUGUUAAGGCAUUUCAUUAGCAUUUGCAGAAAUAAAUAAUUCCAUGAUCUGCCGGAAUCCCAUUAUAGGAUUGAUUUAAGAGAUGUCCCUCACCAAGCAAGUCUAAUUCAAGCUGGUUGUGUGUACUGAAUUGCUCUUCUAACCCAAGCCUUUACUGUAACAACUGAAUAUACCUCAGAACUGAAAAAACAGUCCAGCAGAAAAGAUGAAAGUGUAUGUUAUGUCGGGACACUGUGCUCCAGAUGCCCUAGUGAAAUUGAUGUUUCAGAAAGAAGCAACCCAACAGCAGCAAGUUUGCACUAAAGUUACAAUUGAGAGAAGUCCUGGACUUUAAAACCCAAGAUUGCACUAUGCUGGCAGUGUUGUUUAAAUACUGUCCUUCUCCUGUCUCACCACAGACCACUGGUUUAUGAAAGAGAACUGCCCAGAAAUGCCAUUAGUUCUAUUCACUGCCAAUCAGCCUUUAUCUAAAGACAUUUUAAAAGUAAAUUUUCAACUGGUCUUUCAAAACAAAGUUAGCUACAUAAUUUCAGAUAAAGAUUUUCGAUUGUGCACUCUGUGUGAUGAAAUAUGUUAUUUUCCUCUUUUGUUAUAAAUGGGUGUAGUAUGACCUUUUUGUAUGUGAGAAGUUCAGGAGCAGUGUUAAACCCCCAAGAAAGCAGAACAAAUUGGAAUAUGUGCAUGUGCUGCAAAGCAAAUACAAAUCAGUGAAAUAGGAGUACUGGGAAUGCUGGAGUAAUUCCUGAACCGUGGGCCCUCGCUGAACACACCAGGAUUUAAAGUUAGCUCAUUCACCUCGCAACAGGGGUUUUAAACUGAUGGUGUUUAACCAAGCCCACUGGACAUAGUCUCCAUAGAAACUUCUUUCAAACUGAAUGUUAUUUCAUCCAGAACAAGUUUUCUUUCUCA